GGCUGACAACCCCCUCUGCUCUACGUUAUGCCCUUGAAUCCAUGAGGCUGAGCACAGGCCUUUGCUCCUACAUGUGUCUCUGUGGUUGAGGUUGCCUGGUUUGUUGGGUGUUUUGUUUUGUUUCUCAGGUUUUGUCUGAGUCUUUGUUUUGCUUUUCUGGGUCAGAAGCAAUGGCUUUCUUUGUGAAAAAUAUGAUAAGUAACCAGGUAAAGAAUUUAGGAUUUGGCGGUGGGUCUGAAGAGAAGCAUGAGGAAGGUGGUCAGUCGGAUCCUGCAGCAGCUCAAGGCAUGAGUAGAGAGGAAUACGAAGAGUAUCAGAAGCAAAUGAUUGAGGAGAAGAUGGAAAGAGAUGCUGCAUUUACCCAGAAAAAGGCAGAGAGAGCGUGCCUCAGAGUUCAUCUCCGGGAAAAGUACAGACUUCCAAAGAGUGAAAUGGAUGAGAACCAAAUCCAGAUGGCUGGAGAUGAUGUGGAUUUGCCCGAAGAUCUCCGGAAGAUGGUAGAUGAAGAUCAAGAAGAGGAAGAAGAUAAAGAUUCUAUUCUCGGGCAGCUGCAGAACCUCCAGAACAUGGACUUGGACACCAUCAAAGAGAAAGCCCAGGCCACCUUCACAGAAAUCAAGCAGACAGCAGAGCAGAAGUGUUCUGUGAUGUGA